AGUAUUUCCACAUUUAUUCAACAUUUGUAGCUAACCUAUAUUAAAUGUAGUACUUCAACUCUCCGAUUAGCUGCAAAAUGGAAUUACUAUGGUUUAUUUUGUCUACAAUAGCUUUGGGAACCGUUUACUCUGUACGAGAACCAGUAUGUUCAAGGUUUCACUAUGAGGAAAAACUCUUAGAAAAGAUGAUAAGAUCGGAGUUUAAAAUGGAUGCAAUGGACGAAAACUUGAAGGCAAUCACUGAUUCAAUAGAGGAAAGGUUUUCAGACAUUACAAACACGAUGGAAGACCUGAAGAAUGAAAUAGCAACAAUGCAAUCAGCUGACGUUGAAAUAUCAAAGACAGUUGAAUCAAUACAGACAGCGAAUCUUGCGAGCAGCAGUAUCUACACCAGAUGGGGCCGACGAUCAUGUCCUGGUGAUGCAGAAUUGGUCUAUGAAGGGUUUGCAGGGGGUGGUGAUUAUUCACAUACAGGAGGAAGCAGUAGUUACGUAUGUCUACCCAAAGAUCCUGUCUUUGACGGCGACGGACAAAAGUCGGAACACGUUUCCUUCCUCUACGGUGCUGAGUAUGAAUCAAGUAGCGCGACUUUCCAUGCUAACUUACAUAACAAAGAUGUCCCCUGUGCUGUCUGCCGCGUUAUAGAAAGAAGCGUAUUAAUGAUUCCAUCGAGGAAAACCUGCUACAGCGGAUGGCAGACGGAGUACUCGGGCUAUUUGAUGUCGGAAUACUACCAACAUGCUUCAAACAAGGAAGUGGUUUGCAUGGACGGAACUCCUGAGGAAGCCGAAGGAAAUGACAAUGGAAAUCAGAAUGGCGCGUUGUUUUAUUUUGUUCAGAUAAAGUGUGGGGCGUUAAAAUGUCCACCUUAUCGUGAGAACGUCGCGCUAACUUGUGUUGUUUGUUCAAAAUAGGCUUCAUAUUAUAUAAGAGAUGUAAGUGUUGUCUUCGCUUUAAUAGAUGUAAUGUUUCACUAUUGUUUUAUUUCAAGUUUGUUAAAAGACAACGACAUUACAAAGAACUAAAAAUUGACGGAAUUAAUAAUUUAACGCUGAAUGGUUCUACACGAUUAUUUUUAGUUCCCGGUAAUAAUUCCUUUCGUUCUUGUAUUAAUCUAAAGGUAUUUUUUCUCUUUUCAAAGUUUAUUCAACACAUAUAUGAUAAAAGAACGAAGUUGCAAUACAUGAUAUCCAUUAAAUAAUUAUGUUAUGCGAAAAUAUCUGGCAAAGCUAAUUAAACAUCUCUACGAUGUUCUAACAGUACUGUAUUUAAAUAGAAUGAAACAUUCAUUUUAACUAUAUGCAAAGUAUCGACUUGUUCUCGUCUACUUUUGCUGAUAAAAUAUGCUUUAUAUAUGCUACAAUAAGAGUGGGAAAUAUUAAUUAAAUACAAAUAUUGAGGAUUACUAAUAGUAUAUCAAAAUAUAAUAUUUGCCAUCUUAUUAAUAUUCUUGUUUACCCGGUAUUUUCAAAAGGCAUUCUAAACGAUCUGCAAAACAGAGUGAACAAUCUAUGAACCAUGUUCAUAUGUCUCACAUGUGUUGCAAAUAUUGCAAUUUGGGAGUCGGCCAUACCCUAGAUAUGUUUCUUAACAAGGAAAAUGUUGUUUAAAAUUAUAUAUUUGAGUUGUAUAAUUCUCUUGUCUGUUAUCGAAUAUUUAUUUUUAUAAAAUGAAAUCCAAGCUAUUUGCAAUGAACGUGAGGUUAAGUAUGGACGAUAAGUUCCUUAUUCGGAAUUUGGAGCGUUUUAAAAGCACUUUAAGCACUAAAACUCUCUUGAAUAGACAAUGCAUUUCUGAAAACGUUUUAUGUAGACCACUUUUGCAUAAUUAUUUGAAAAAAAAAUGUAUUACUUAAAAAGUUUCUAUUCCUUAUUCGAGUUUGAAAAAGGAAUAGGGAACUAGUUCCUUAUUCCUUAUUCGGAAAAGGAAUAAAGAAUAAGGAAUUUACUUAUCGUCCAUAGGUUAAGUACCUCAUUUUCAAUCAAAUACGAAUAUAUAGCCUUGAUUGUAAAACAGUAUAAUUAUUUUAUUAUUGUUUGUAAAAUAUGUUAGAAUUAGUUCAGUUAAAAAGAUGAGUGAUUUAUUGUGAAACUUAAUGAAUUUAUUGCCCCAAAGAACAUGGUUUAUGAUGGCAUAAUACCCCUUUGGAGAUUAAGGUUAAACAUUUACAGCCUUAUUGAAAACGUGAUUAAAACUCGAUAGAAUGUCGAUAAAUGGUUUGUUGCUAUGGUUUUGGAACUAUCUAAAUUCAUUGAAAAACCAAAUAUUCCUUUCAAAACUUUUUAAUUAUAUACUUUAGUAUCAUUUUUCGCUUUUUAAUAUUUCACCCAUUUUAUUGUAUUGAAUGAAUGUAAAAUUAUAAAUCUAUAAUAUUUAAUCCACCUUUAAUUUUUACAGCGUUCUUCGUUUUCUUUUUUGUUAUUCAAUAAAAAGCUUAGUAUGAUUGUGUUUAAUCUCAUAAUUAGGAAUGACCAUGAUGCAUGUAAGGCGUAGUUGAAUUUUGGAACAAGUAGAGUUUUUUUAUUUGUGUUUUCCAUAAUUGUUUACCUUUGACCAUUUUCGUACUUUAUCUUUGCAUUUUUCUAUACUAUUAUCACAAUUU